AUGCAGCGGCAGCUGCGGGAGCGCGUGGCCGAGGAGCAGAGUCGCGGCGGGCAGGGGGCGGCCUCGGAAGAGGAGCUUGCCGCCAUGGCGCAGCGCGAGCCGUGGAACGACGCGUGCGACACGUGCGGCGUGGCGCGGCCCACCGCAGCGGCUGCGGCCGGCGCUCGCUGGCUCAAGUGCCUCCUCUGCCCGGCCCUCGACUUGCGCCGCCCCGAGUCUCGUCCCGGGUGCUACCAGCUGGGCGCUGCUGGCACCUCGACCCGACUCGGCGCGUCCUCGACCUCUCGCCGCAGCGCCGCCGCAGCGCCGCGGCGUCUCGCAUGUCGCGUCCGAGAGAGCGCUCUGCCGCGCUCCGACGCGGUUUCUUUUGCGCUCUGACGCGGUGCCGCGCUGCCUGCCGCGCGCCCGUGCCGUCUCUCGAGUCUCUGCGCCCCCCAUGGACCCCCCCCCCCCUCCCCCUCCUCGUGGCCGCUGAGAGGCCGGCCGGGCCGGGGAGAGCGGUGCACUGCGCCGCACACCCCCCUCGAACUCCGGAUCCUCGCACUGUCUUGUCACCACUGCCCAGUGCCGCGGCGGCGCAGCAUCGCCACCCGGCGGGAGGCCGUACCUCUCUCCCUCUGUGGGCUUGCCCCCGACUGUACGUUAUUGGACGCCCGCUGCUCGGAUCUUGUGUACGUGCUGCGCGCGCGCGUCCCUACUCGUCCCCACCUUUCGGACUUCUCGCACGCAUGUGUGUGUGUCGCGCGCGUCUUGGGGUUUUCUUACGUUCCGCCGGCUCACGUCAUGUUAUAUGCCUUCAUGAUAUGUACCAAAC